UUUUAUAAGUGUACAUUUGUCAAAAAGGAAAUCUCGGCCAGGAAUAAGGACGAACGGGUAGCUUAUGCACAUAAGCAUAAGGAUAAGACAAUGGAGGACUUUUGGUCUUAUAUAUUCUUUACCAAUAAAGCACAUAUUGACCCUUCGGCACAACAAGCUCCUGGGAUACUUAGAGAGCUUAGGACACGGUACGAUGAUGAGAAUAUUGUGGAGAGAGGAGAGAGGAAGGGAGUCAAGUUUUAUGUGGCUGUGUGGGUCACCUGGUUUGAUAAGGCUGAGAAGCUAGAGUUCUAUAAUAAUGAAGAAGAGCACGAAGAACAACCCCCAAUGCCUACUAAGCCUCGCCGGCGGCCAACGACUAAAACGCCAGAGGAAUACCAAGCCAGACUUACGGAUUAGGAAGCCCAGAAGCCUCACAAAGUCAACAUUAAGCCGCAGGGUAAUUCCAUAACUCAGAAGUACUAUACAGAGCGUCUCUUGCUAGUUUAUAUCGAUACUAUUCAAAAAGCACGUAUAAGAGACCUAGAACUGUGGCUUUUUUAAGAGGAUGGGGACCCCUCUCACAGCAUAAGGAAAAGGGGCCUCGCGCAGCAGCUUAAGGAGAAUAAUUGGAUUGUUAACUUAAAGCACCCUGCCCAGAGCCCUGAUCUAAACCCAAUCGAGGCUAUCUGGAACAUAAUUAAGCAGAGGUUACGGCAUAGGAUCUUCCAAUCUGAGGAGGAAAUCAAGGAGGCUUUACAAGAGGAAUGGAGUAAAGUAACAAUGACGGAAGUACGGAAACGAAUUUCCCAGAUGCCUAGGCGAUGCGCGCGCCUUAUUAAUAAUGGUGGAAAGCCUAUUAAGACUGCAUUAUGG